AGAACCAUAGGAAUAUUCAACACUUAUAAAUAAUAAGCCAACAACUCUUUUUCUCUACAUCAAAAGUCAUUAAGAACUUGCACAAAAAAAAUUAUAACAAUUUCCCAACAUCUUAACAAUGAAUAACAAUUUGAAUAACUUUCCAUUCCCAUAUUACCCUUCCCAUCCACCCCCUCCUCCUCAUCCCACCUCACCACCACCAAAACCCCACCAUCCUCCUCCACCACCACCACCUCAUCCUCAUCCUCAUCCGCGUCCUCAUCCUCAUCCUCAUCCUCCACCAUAUGUUCCACCACCACCACCACCACCACCACCAUCACCACCUCACAAUUACAUCAUAAUAAUAUUUGUUUUCUCGACGUUCGGUUGCAUUUUACUUGGCAUAGCAAUUCUUGCUUUCUGCUCAUCCUUCUUGAAGAAAAAGAAGAAGAGUACAAUAAUAGUUGAAGAGAAAGAAGUGAAACACAUUGAUGAUCAUCUUAAAAUCAAGGAAGCAAUUGUUGAAGGACCUCAUGGGAAACUUGAGACUGUUGUACUCUCUGUGGAAGAAGAUAUGCAUGAAAAGGAUGACAUUAUAAGGACAAAGAAAGAAUUAGAAGAAGCUCAUCAUCAUAACUUAUUGCUUACUAACAAUAAAUCUCCAGAAAUUAAUACACCUUUUGCCCUUGAAGCUGGCCAUGGACACUCUUCAACAUCUUCCUCUACUGUUUAAAUUUCUUUAUAUGAGCAUAAAAGUUGUAAUGUAUAUUAACAAUUGCCUUAUCAGAGGCUAAUGGUUGAUCAUUCUAUCACAAAUAUUCAGUACAUGCAUGCAAUAUACUCCCUCUAUU